ACAAAUGAGGUGCAGCGCAGAUAGCAGGUUGACACAGUGGCACAUUCAGCAGAAUGGUGCAGAGAGACACGUUUGCCAUAUCAAGGCAAUUUAUUAAUAAUAUCAUUAACACCUGCUAUUUGUAGUAAUAGGUGACCACUGGCAUUGACACACACUCGGGGCAUCUUGAGAGAAUGUUUUCACCAUAGAGUUUGAAGAUGACAUAUGACUUUAUGAGGAACUCCAGGUGGUGAGUAAAAUGUAUUUUUCUUGCGUUUUCAUGUUUUUCUUUGCUUUCAUCUGAAAAAAAACAGUUCAGGUGCAUGAUUUAUGUUUUUUUCUGUGAACUGUGGUUAAGUCACUCUUUUAUGAGAUAAAUGAAAGAGCAAGCAUGCAGUUUUACCAGUGCUUACACAAGUGGAAAUAACUUUUGUGAUGUUUUUAAGAUUUUUAUUUAUUUAUUUAUUAAGGCAUACAUUUAGAGAAUCUACAAUAUAACUUUAAAAGAUUAUAACAUCAUUUCUAAAAACAAUGUCUUAACCUAAAUUUAAGAAAAAUAAGAUGGUUAUUAAAAACAGACUCCUCAAUAAAUUGAUAGUGCUGGAAUUAAUGUUAAAGUUGUUUUAUACAUCACCUGUAAGUAGCAUUUAGCAUAGCGGUAACAGUGGAACAUGUUAUGAGAGCUCAAGGUUAACCCAGAAAUGUCUUUAAGUCCUUUACUUUGUGAAGUUCUCCCCUCUGUGACUCCAGAGAAUAGAUCCAGGCACUCCCAGUGCCAAGCUCUGCAUAGAAUGACAGCAUGUCUUUUGAGUAAAAGUUCAGGGAGGUGGAGGAAGGGAUGGUGUGUCUCAUUUGUGAAGAGUCUCUCCUCUAAUCAUAUGCUGAAGCCCCUGGUGCCCGCCCUGUGUUUGGUGGUGGCGGUGAUUUACGGUCUGGCUGACAAACUCCGAAACUUUGUAACUGGCAUCUUCAUCCCUCAGUACCACUACCCAUAUGCAGUGGCUCUCUGCUUUGCCCAGGUUCUGGUUUCUCUGUUAUUCUUAAAUCUCCUACAUGUUCUGGAUUUGGUGCCACUGAAGCAGUACUCCAGGUCUCUGGGUGAGCGGUUGCUGGUGCCUGCUGUCUGCAACAGCGUCCAUGCUGUUUUGGCCAUGUGGGCCAAGGCCAUCAGCUCAUACGCCGGCCUCAUCCCCCUCACCAUGCCUCUGCUGCCUUCGUUAACUGUGGGCUUCAGUUUUGCCCUGAAGCUGGCAUUGCCACCGUCUAUCCACACGUCUGUUCUGUUUUCCAUCCUGAGUGGUACAUCUAUUGUCAUCAGAGCCUCCCAAGGUGUGUCUAGUGUUGAUCCCCUUGAAUACAUCUAUGCACCUCUGGCUUUAAUCCUCCACAGUCUUUCUCUGACUUGGCUGGCUAAAGUGUCUGAGGCUGAGCACCAACACUCCCCUGAUGCCCAAGCCUCCAUUUUUGACAUCUACUACACCCAACUGGUCAACCAGAGCUGGGUGCUAGGCCUCCUGUGGCUGCUGCACCCGGACAGUCCCUGGCAGGUGUUGAGUCGGGGCAGCUGGCACAGCCUGCUCUUCCAUGGUUACCUGUUCGCCAUUCUCCUGCUGGGGAUGGUCCUGAACUUCAUGGUCGGUAUAUCGGCUCUUUGUGUCUCACCACUCGCUGCUGCACUGCUCCGCUCAUCAAGAGAGCUGGUGCUGCCAUUUAUCCACCUUCUGUAGUUUCACUCUAAAGGACACACUUAUAUUCUUGAAUGUUUUGUGCUGUUCCAACAAGAGCACAUAGUAAUUUAAUCCAAGUCAUUCAACAGUGUUAUUUUUAUUCUGUGGAGAAUAACAAAUUACAUCACUUACCUUCACAGUUACAUGACCUGUGCUUUCAGGCACUUUAAUAACAUAAUGCGGUCAGCUCAGAUAAAAUACAGAAUGACACCAAAGAAACAGCACAGCAUUACUUGAAGUAGUUAUUUAUAUAUGUGGGUCAUUGCAACCAUGUUAGCAUAUUUCAACCAUAUAACAACCCUAAUGUUGGGCCCAAUGAUCUCAACAACUUUUAAGUUAGUUUAACUUCAUUAACUAGUGCUCAGUUGAUAAGUCUACUUAUUCAAUGUGCUUCCAAUACACAUGCAGACGUUUAGAUUGUUAUGGAGAAUUUGUUUGUCAAUGGUUAACCUCAGCAGUACAGAAAAGUGUACAGGAGUCCGGGAUGUAUAAAUGGUCAUACUCAAUGCAUCUACAGUAAUGGAAUCAGCCUAUUAGUUCGUUAUUCUACAAACAAGGAGACACAGGUACCGAUCUGUGGGUUUAGGGAGUCAGACAGUCAUAUCCUCUGACCUUCGGUGCCACAGCAAUACUGCGCCACUGUUAUCAAAGUGACUCCUGCAUUCCCCAAAACACCACAGACAGCUGCCCUCACCAUCUCAAGGAGAGAGACAGUAUGUCUUUCUGCCAAGAUGAUAGUACGGCCUUUACUGUGACGUCAAGGUCCAUGCUUGACCCCAAAUAUGGAAAAUUCCCUAACAUAGAUUAUUCACGUAGUUUUUGCAUUAUAUAUUUAUUGUAAUAUAUAACAUUAUAUAAUAUUGUAAAUGUACUGCAUAUGACCCUAAUGUCUCUUUCUGUGGUAGUGUCACUAACGGUAGUGUUUAGUGCAAGUGUUUGUAAAACUGGCUUUUGUUAGAAAAUGUUUAAAAUGACAUGCCACAAUGUCAGAAGAGUUGAGUGAAAGAGGAGAGCAUCAGCAUCUGUACAGGACCGGACGCAGUGUGACAA